AUGGCUUUAAGAGAAGGUACGGAAAGGUGCAGUGUGUACGUCCAUCUACCAUACAGUCCCCGGGGAUCACAGCCGCUGCAGGUGGCAUCCUGGACGCCACAUCACGGCCUCGUUCUCACCUCUCACCUCCCACUCUUCCCUGACAAGUUCUCAAAAUUAUUUUAUGGACCAAAUUUACUGGUGGCAGCGGAUGUUAAUCCUUUUACUAAGAUAACUACAGCAGAGAAGUCGAUGAGUUGUGUUGUCAGUUGUGCUCAGUUCCUGGGUCCUGUGCCACGGCUGGUAGACUACUUAGCUACAGCACUAAACUUUACGUACACGUACGUGCGACCUGUGGAUGGCGUCUGGGGCGUACGACUUGAUAACGGGUCGUGGUCUGGCAUGGUAGGAAUGGUGAUGAGGGAGGAAGUAACUAUUGGUGCAGGUCCUUUCAUGGUUGAUAGAUGGAGAGCUGAGGUAGUUGACUUCACUGUGCCAAUGAUGAUAGAUUACAGAAGGUUCAUGGGGGCUCUUGGUGUUCCUGUGGUCGACCCGUGGGGCUUCUUGUUCCCCUUGGCUCCUCUGGUUUGGGUGGCCAUCCUGGUUGUGUUCAUUGUACUUUGUGCAGCGGUGUUCCUCAUGUUCACAAGUUUUUCCCACAAGAGGAACAGUAACAGGACCUGGAUGCUGGUCACCCUCGAUUACAUUCGAAUAUUAUUACAACAAGAUACAAUGGUACCGACGUUCUGGUGGUGGGAGAGGAUAAUGUUGGUGGUGUGGAUGAUGGUGACGCUGGUGUUAACACGGAGUUACUCUGGCAACCUUCUGGCUCUCCUAGCAGUGAGACACAUCUCUCAACCUUACCAGUCCAGGAGACAAGUGCUCGACGACCCUUCUGCUUCCAUGAUAUUUUUGAAAGGCUCAGCUGUUGAGAAUUAUUUGCACUCAGCUGAGUCCGGCAUAUAUCUGGAGAUGGCUGAGGCAGAGAAGGUAGGUCGCCUCAAGUGGGGAACUCACGCACAGUUUACAGAUUACAUCAACACUUUAGUAAGACGAGGUGACUAUGUCCUCAUGGAAGUCGACAAUGGAUUAAGGACAUACAUCGCACAAGACUUCACUAGAACAGGCAAGUGUUCUUUUUAUUUAUCAAGAGAAGAGUUUCUGCCUUUGAUGUAUGGAAUGAUUAGUGCCAAGGGACACCCCAUUAUCCCGGCGCUUAAUGAAAGAAUAAUGUCCAUGACAGAGGCUGGGCUGUUCUUCCAGUGGUUAAAAACAGACGAACCAAACUUUUCUGUGUGUUAUCGACCACCUACCAAGAUAACAGUCAAGACUUCAUUAUCUUUGAGUAAUGUUUGGGGAAUGUUUGUAAUUCUCACUGCUGGAUAUAUUAUCAGUGUCUUGACACUGGCAAUAGAAUUUUGGAUUUGA